AUGGCUGCGUCCACAUCGCUUGCGUUCAGAUCUAUACGCAAGCAGUCCAUAUCCUCCUCCUCUUCUCCCGCCUUUGACCCAACAACACUCUCAGCAGCUUCUAUGCCACUCUCCCCCUCUCCUUUGCCCGGUAUGAACGCAUCCUCAGCUUCCUCCACAGCUGCUAGCUCGGCAGACGGCGGCAUCGGCGCUUCCCUCAUUGGCCCAGGUGGUGCUGCUCUCAUGGCUGGCGCACCCGCUGCUGCCAACACCAUCGCCAACAAGCAGGCCGUCGCAGGCUCCUCCCUGUACCAAGCAUGUCUCAACCUUCGCGAUCGACUCUACUGCGUCCCAGGCUUUGGCGAGCCGUACUUGGACGAAAUGGUAGCCGCCAAUUCGGCAGCAUCGCCUUCCGAUCCACUAUCGCCCGCUUCUGGUAGCCCGACUUCACCCACCGGCGCUGCAUCUGCGCGAAAAUCCAGCAGUGAUCCCGUCACACAGCUUUGGCAGUGUUUCCGUCUCGGUUCGCCGCUCUGUGCGCUUUUCAACACCAUGAACCCGGAAGUCGAGCUCCCAGUGAACCCUGACGCAAACCGUUCCAACGCCAAUGCAUGCAAGGCUCAGGUCAUGAAGUUUAUCAUUGCACUCAAAGAGAAGCUCGGUUGGGAUCCGGAUGACAUUUUCACCGUUUCUCAGCUCUAUCUUAACGACACUAACGGCUUCGUCAAGGUUGUGCGCACGAUUAAUCGUCUUCUCGACGUGUUUGAAGAGCGCGGUCUCCUGAUCCAGACAAAUCGCAAGUCUGACAAUGACGAUCUUGACCAUCCGUCCGACGACCGCGCAAAGGUCAUUCGCGAACUUCUCACAACAGAGCGCAAGUACGUACAGGAUCUCGAAGUCUUGCAAAACUAUGCAAGGGCACUUGCACAGUAUGACAUCCUCCCACCAGACACACUGCACAACCUUUUCGGUAACCUCAACAAGCUCGUUGAUGUGCAGAGAAGGUUCCUUAUCUGUGUGGAAGAGAACGUUCGACGUCCACCGGACGAGCAGCAUUUCGGCCAUGUUUUCAUGACGAUGGAAGAGGACUUUGCUGUCUACGAACCGUUCUGUGCCAACUACAACUUGGCGUUGGACUUGAUCAACCAGGAAGCGCACAACUUGGUCAGAUUGAAAGGGAUGCCUUCUGCGCAAGGAUGUUAUUUGGAUCCAGCGUACGAGCUGCCCACCUUUAUGAUCAAACCUGUUCAGCGUAUUUGCAAAUACCCUUUGCUUUUGGAGCAACUGUUGAAAAAGACACCCGAAGAUGCACCCAGAUAUCAAGAGUUAGAAGAUGGAUUGGAAGUGAUGCGUCGCAUUACGGAUAAGGUCAACGAGACUUCGAGGCUUCAAGAGAACGCGCAACUGGUAAAGGAGCUCGAGUGGAGAGUGGAAGAUUGGAAGGGGCAUAACAUUAGAACCUUUGGUCUGUUGUUAUUGUCGGAUGUCUUUAUGGUUGCAAAGAGUGAUACCGAGAGGGAGUAUCAUGUUUAUCUCUUCGAAAAGAUCUUGCUGUGUUGCAAGGAGAUUGCGCCUACGCAACAGAAGAAGGGGAACAAGAACAAUUCGCUGCUCAAACAGAAGGGUGUCUCUGCUGCAACGGCGGGGAAGAAGGUCAAGACCACACUUCAGCUGAAAGGCAGGAUCUUUAUCAACAACGUGACUGGUGCUUUUGCGAAUAGCAAGAUGAGCAGUAUUCUCGGUGCGCCAAGUGGACAGCAUGCGUUGCAGGUUUGGUGGAGAGGAGAUGUCGAUCAUGAAAGCUUCGCUUUAAAGUGUAAGAACGAGGAACAGUUGAAGCAGUGGCAGACUGCGAUCAAUAAGUUGAUCGAUGAGGUUAAUUCAAGGAGACAGCAAGCUGCAGCACAGCUUUACUCGCAACAGCACCAGCAGAAUAUUAACAUGGCCGGUACUGGGGCGGUGGGCAGAAGGAUUACGCAGACCAGUUCGCAUUUCCCUCAGACACCAUUGUCAGAGAUGGCACCGGCGAAUCCUUUUAGUGCUUUGCCAGCGAGCGGGUUAUCGAGGACGCAGAGCCAGGCUAGUUCGUAUCGAUUCGAGGAGGAGGAGCUGUCAGAAGGUGGGACUAGUGGAAGGGUUACACCUGCUGGCGGGGUUGGAAGGUUCUCUCAAUCUGGAUCGGAGGGGAGGGAGAGACAGAACAGUACUGCGAGCAAUGGUGAUUUGAGGCCUAGAGCGAGAACAGAGGAUCAGGAUUCAAGUGUUAUGGCUCAAUGGAGAAGUCACAGUCCUGCAGUUCCUCCUCCUAUGCCUCGCGGUCUCAGCUAUUCCUCUGGAGCUGAUCAGCAACAGCAGCAGCAUGCGUUGCGAAAGGCAAGCAGUUCUAGGCAGCUCAGACAACCCACGCAAGGCGGUUACACUAGACGAGGUGCUGGGGUGGAUGGUGGAGCGGUUGAGUACCUCGAUGGUUCGUCUGACUCUGCUUCAAGUGGAAGUCAUUUUGGUCGAGCAAGAGGUGAUAGCGUUGCUUCGUCAAUGUCUAGGGCAAUGAGCGAUAACGGAGCAGCUCACAGUAGAUCUAGAUCUGCAAGCAAUCCUCAACAACAUCCUUAUAUGUUGCAACAAUCUGGUCCUCCUCCUCCCUUACCCAAAGCGCCGAUUGGGGAGCAUUUGAAGAAUCCUUCCGCUAUCCAAAUGGCAGGUGGUGGAGUGGAUAAACGCUUCUCAAGCUCUUCCAUCUCCACAUCGGAAUCAGGGUCGAACUCUAGACCUCAGUCUUCAACCACUGCUUCUUCGCCCAUAAACCCUACUACCAAUCAUUCCUCCUCCACCUCCGCUCUCCGUAACUCCCGUCCCCCUCAACACCAACCGCAACCAACCACCCCCACAACCCCCACCUCAGCCAGCAACGCAAUCAAACUCAUCGUCAACUUCGGAGAGGACAAAUACGUAGUUGUAGUCCUCUCCUCAACUUCCUUCUCCACCCUUCUUGAAAAGGUUACGAAAAAAGUGAGGGUUUGCUCAGGUAAAACCAUAGAUCACACCUUAAGAAUGAGGUACGUCGAUGAAGACGGUGAUACAGUGGUAAUGAUGGAUGACGACGAUGUGGGAAUGGCAUUUGAUACCGCUAGGUUCAAAGGCGAGGUUGAGUUGAUUGUUAACUGA